CCCCCAAGUUCGAAAAUGAACGCAAGUCUCGUUCCGGCAACCAGCUCCACAAUGUCGACCUCUUCGGCUAUGGACUCGAAUUGCCUUACCUUGACGAGGUUCGUUCUCGCCGAGCAAAAAAAGGUACCUUAUGCCACCGGCGAACUCACCCAACUUUUAAAUUCGAUCCAGACGGCCGUCAAAGUUAUCAGUAGUGCAGUACGCAGGGCCGGCAUUACCCAAUUAUUCGGCACCGUUGGCGAAACCAACGUUCAAGGUGAAGAAGUCAAGAAGCUCGAUGUUUUGGCCAAUGAACUCUUCAUCAACAUGCUGGCGUCCUCCUACACGGUGGGGCUGUUGAUUUCGGAAGAAAAUGAAACCGUUAUUGAGAUAGAGACCGAUAAAAAAGGUAAAUACAUCGUGGCGUUCGAUCCUCUAGAUGGUUCUUCCAAUAUCGACUGCUUGGUCUCCAUUGGGUCCAUCUUCGCGGUUAUGAAAAAAGAGGACAAUUCGAUUCCGUCGUUGAAGGAUGCUCUUCUAUCUGGCAAUAGAGUAGUGGCGGCUGGGUAUGCCCUCUACGGUAGCGCUACCAUGUUGGUAAUUUCAAUGGGCAAUGGUGUCAAUGGGUUCAUGCUUGACCCUUCCAUCGGCGAGUUUAUUUUAACCGACAAGGACAUGACAAUUCCUAAUAAAGGUAACAUCUAUGCCAUAAAUGAGGGCUACACGCAUCUAUGGGACGACGCUAUUCGGGAAUACGUCCAAACCAAGAAAGACCCGUCCAAGGGAAAACCCUAUAACGCCAGAUACGUGGGCUCGAUGGUAGCUGAUAUCCACAGAACGAUUAAAUACGGAGGGAUUUUCAUUUAUCCGGCCACCAGUGCGUCCCCAAAGGGCAAAUUGAGACUACUAUAUGAAUGUGUUCCCAUGGCGUAUUUGAUAACGCAAGCUGGGGGGUUAGCCUACGAUGGGCACAUUCCGAUUUUAGACAUAAAGGCCGAAAGUCUGCACCAGAGAACACCGGCGUUUUUGGGCUCCAAGGAAGAUGUUCAGGAAAUUUUGGCAAUAAUUAAGAAACACAAAAAGUAGAGAGCGGAUUAGUUAUAUGUUUUUAAAUAAAAAUUUGAUAUUUUG